UGUAUCAUGAAAGAAGAUCCAACAUUAGAGAGACACUUCAAGGGUCACAAAGAUACAGUGACAUGCUGCCAUUUCAAUCCAAACAUGAAGCAACUUGCUUCAAGCGGUAUGGAUUCCACUGUCAUGGUUUGGAACUUUAAACCCCAGAUGAGAGCCUACCGAUUCUUGGGACACAAAGAUGCUGUCAUGUCCCUGAAAUUUAGUCCUUCUGGACACCUUCUUGCUUCAGGCUCCCGAGAUAGGACUAUCCGGCUGUGGAUACCAUCAGUUAAAGGGGAAUCUACAGUUUUUAAAGCACACACUAACACUGUUAGAUGUGUCGACUUCUCUGCUGAUGGCCAAUCACUACUCUCUUCAUCUGAUGAUAAAUCUAUUAAAUUAUGGACGGUUCAUAGACAAAAGUUUCAGGCAUCUUUGAAUGGCCAUGUGAACUGGGUUAAGACAGCCAAGUUCUCCUCUGAUGGCAGAUUGGUCGGGUCUGGUAGUGAUGAUAAGUCACUGAAACUGUGGGACAUUGCCAGCAAAGAAUGUAUUCAUACAUUCUUCGAACAUUCUGGUUUUAUCAACGAUGUUGAGUUCCACCCUAAUGGAACGUGCAUAGCCUCCGCAAACUCAGACAAUUCUGUUAAACUGUGGGAUCUCAGAAUGAACAAGUUACUUCAGCAUUACCAAGCUCAUGGCUCAACUGUCAACAGUGUUUCCUUCCAUCCAUCUGGAAACUUCCUCCUGACGGCAAGUAGUGAUUCUACUCUCAAGAUAAUGGACCUUAUAGAGGGUCGUCUCUUCUACACACUCCACGGUCACAAGGGUCCUGCUACUGCUGCUGCUUUCUCAUCUACCGGAGAAUACUUUGCUAGCGGUGGGGCUGACGAGCAGGUGAUGGUGUGGAAAACAAACUUUAAAGGAGACGAGCCAGUAAGCAAUGUUCCUAAAGCCUCCAAAAAAGAGCACGUGCACAAGUUUAAUGUUGACAGUAAUGUUCAGCCUGAAGGUAAACAAGUGUCAGUGCUAGCACAGCCUAAAGAUUGUUCAGCUCCAGAAUGUGAACCAGUCAAUGUGGGACCAGCUCUGUUCAACCUGCCUGCUAACCAAACCAACCAGAUAGAUCAACGAACCAACCCUGAUAACACUAAAGAUAACAUAUUUAAUAACCACGCUACGACGACUCCACUAGAGCCCCAGUCCAUCCCCCCACAAUUAGCAGCAACACUGGAACACAUGGUAGGACAGCUAGAUGUACUGACACAAACUGUAAGUAUUCUAGAGCAGAGACUGACCAUGACGGAGAAUAAGUUGAAGGAGUGUCUGGAUAACCAACAAAUGAUCUCCCUCCAGAUCAAGCCAAAUGAUUGAGAUGGUCUCUGUGCUGUGAUUGGUUGAUGUUCAGAUCCCUUGCAUGUGUAGUAGAUGUAAAGGAAGGUUAUAAUUUAUAUUGUAUAUAAAGUACAAAUGGUUUAGUCAGACAUCACAUUAUAUUACUAUUAACUGAUUAAGUUAUUUGACCUUGAAAUUUCACAGAAGAUUUUUACCAGAAUUUAAUAUUUUUAAACUGUGACAGUUGCAAAUCCAUAAAACAAUUUAGAUUUAAGUAAUUUUUAAUUAGCUGCUUACGUAAAGCCAAGGGAACAGUUUUUACAUGGUAGCAGACUUUGAAUUUAGCACAAUAUACAUCAAAUUGAAAAUCUCAAACAGUUAGAGUUGUAACUUUAACCCGAAAUUUAGUUUUGCUACCACUCAAAAUUAAGUAUGAGAUAACUUUUUAAAUUAAUGGUACAUAUAUUGGUUUAAAAUAAUGAAAUUAAUUGACGAACACUUUGGAACAAAGGUUACAGUGGUUCCACUAAUCAUAUCAACUAUAAUAUGCAAGCUUAUUUCAAGAAAACAA